CUCUCUCUCUCUCUCUCUCUCAUUUACGCGACGUCUAAUAGCCACAUUUUUUUUUUUUAAAUAGAUCGUUUCUUAGCUCUUGUAUAAAGUGUACGAUAUAAAUAAAAAGCGGUACGUUAUUUUCAACAACGCCUCUCAUGCGUUCGACUUUCCCUCCCUCGACACUACGCGCCUGCCACGUGUUCCUCGUCUCUUUCUCGCGUUCAUGUGUGCGCGACUGCAUUCAAUUUGUUUGAUCGAUCACUCGUGUACGGCAGACACACGUAUCUCUUACCUCGACAUUUUUUUAAAGCGUACGUUGGUUGAAAAUUAUAGGUUAGCAAAAAAAAAAAUCUGAAUUAAAAAAGAAAUGGCCAGAGCGUGUCAAGACAGGUCGAAAGAUCUCGUGCUGAGAGCUGUCAUCCCGACCGAUUCGCAGAAAGCGGUUUCGGAGUACUUUGUAUCCAAGCAAGAGGAGCGUCAGUACAUCAAAAAAUAUCCGGAAUGGGACAAAGGGAGGGUUUGCCCGGAGACCGAAGUAAUCAGGGCUCGUCAGGAAUUGGCUCAAGUCGAGGAAAAGUUGAAGGAGAAACAAGCGGAACAGGAGAUAAAACGUAAAUACAUGGACGAGCAAUGGGAGGAGGCGAGAAAGCAACAAUUGCAAUUGCGGCAGUCUUUCAUAAAGUUUAAUACGCUCGUGAAAGAGAACGUCGAGAAGCGCGAGCGAGCCGAGCAGAAGAUAAAUGAGGAGCACAAACGACAAGAGAAAUACAAGCGAGAAAUCGAGGAACUGGAGCAGAAACUAAAAUAUAUGAAAGAUGUGUGUGAGAAAAUGGAACGAUACGUAAAGGAAUACAAGAAAUAUCAAAAUUACUUGGACAGAGUCGUAAACGAGACGGACGAGUUUCAGUCGAUUAACGAAAUUUUUAAUCGCUACGAAACAUUAGUCGAGGCCAGGCAAGCGUUGUCCGAUCGUCAAGACAGAAACCUUCAGAUGCUAGAAGACAAAGGAGCAGAAAUACAUCAUUUGUCGGAGGUUGAAACGCAAGUAUUGAUGGGAUUGAGUAAUAAACUGGCGCAAUUACAAACUCGGUACGAUCAGGCGAAAGCGCAGGCAUUGAAAUGGGAGACAAUCGUCUCGAAGAUAAAGGAGACCGCCGCCGCGAAGAACUUGGAACUUACGCAAGUGAAGGCGUGCUGCUGGAAUAUCUAUCAGCAGAUUUGCAAGAGGAAAGAGAUACCUGUCAAGGUGAGCAGUGAGGAUGUCGAACAGCAGUUGAUUCAAAUCAAACGUACCAUCCUUGAAUUGAAGCGAAUUAUCAAGACUGUCAAGAAGAGGAUGCGGGAAGAGAAAGGCUUGUCAUAUCGCGAAUAGAAGUAUCUAUCAUCCCAUUAUCGCGACCGAUCGCGAUUCUACAGUAUAUAAAAUCAAUGAAUCAAUGAUGACAAAUGAAUAAAUCAAUUCGCUCCGAAAAA